GUUAUGUAGUAUGCAGGCUGAGGUCACCAGCAGCCUGGAGGAAAUGAAAGCAGACUGCAGCACGCACCGACUUGUCCGAACUUGCCCUGCUGUCGGUUUUUCCUCUACCAGCGCCGACGGCGGACCCUUCCCCGGUUGAGACUCUGCUAAAGUAAUCAUGCUAUCAAAGCGCAAGGCUCCUGCCCAAACCCAGGCAGCGGUCAAGGGCAAGAAGGUGAAAGAGGAGCCUGUACCAGAAGAAGACAGCUUCCGCUCCACUGUGGAGGCACUGAAGGCUGCUCCCAAGGAGAAGCUCAAAGCCAAAAUCGAUGCUGCUUGCCAGCUAUGUAAUACCAGCGGUGCCAAGAUCUAUGAUGAUUAUGACUGCAUGCUGAACCAAACCAACAUUGGGCACAACAACAACAAAUUUUACAUUAUCCAACUUAUAGAGCACAAUGAGAGUUACAGCUGUUGGAACCGCUGGGGCCGGGUGGGGGAGUCAGGACAGUCAAAACUCAGCAGCUUUCCUUCCUUGGAAGCUGCCAAGAAGGACUUUGAGAAGAAGUUUCGGGAUAAGACGAAAAAUAGUUGGGCUGACCGGGAGAACUUUGUAGCCCAUGAUGGCAAGUAUACCUUGAUUGAAGUGCAACAAGGGGAUGAAGAGGAACAAGAAGUGACAGUGAAGGUGGACAAUGUAGAUGGAAUGAAGCUAUCCAAGCAAAAGAUACGACCUUGCACCCUAAACAAGGCUACCCAGGAACUGGUCUCACUCAUCUUCAGCAAUGACAUGUUUAAAGAAGCCAUGCAAACCAUGAAUCUAGAUGUGAAGAAAAUGCCCUUGGGGAAGCUGAGCAAGCAGCAGAUUGCAAAAGGUUUCGAAGCUCUGGAGGCUAUUGAGACAGCCAUGAAGAAGCAGCCGCCAUCACAGAAGGUGCUGGAGAAACUCUCCUCUAGUUUCUACACCAUCAUCCCCCACAACUUUGGCCGUGCUCGGCCUCCAUCCAUCACCACCCAAGAGGUCAUCCAAGCCAAGAAGGACAUGCUGUUGGUGCUGGCAGAUAUUGAAUUGGCCCAGAGCCUACAGGCUCAGAAAAAGAAGGAUGAUGAAAAGGAAGAGGAGAUGAAGGUAGAAGAAGUGCCCCAUCCGUUGGACAAGGACUAUGGGCUGUUGAAGUGUGAACUUACCCUGGUGGACCCUUCAUCAGAGGAUUAUGAGCUGAUUGUAACCUACGUAGAGAAUACUGGUUGCACAUACCGAAAACUCAAAGUCCUGAAUAUCUGGAAGGUGAACAGAGAGAGUGAGGCCAUUCGUUUUCUGACUCACAAUGAUUUGGAGAACAGGCAUUUGCUGUGGCAUGGCACCAAUGUGGCUGUAAUUGCUGCCAUCCUGAAGAGCGGCUUGCGCAUCAUGCCACACUCUGGUGGACGUGUGGGCAAGGGCCUGUACUUUGCUUCUGAGAAUAGCAAAUCAGCAGGUUAUGUGGGCACCACUUCCAAGCAGGUGGGGAUCAUGUUCCUCAAUGAGGUGGCCCUGGGUAAAGAGUACCGCAUCACCUGUGAUGAUUCUUUACUACGCAAGCCCCCAGCUGGCUAUGACAGUGUGUUGGCCUGUGGCAGAACUGAGCCAGACCCUGCCUAUGACAAAGAGAUAAUCCUGGAUGGGAAAAGAGUGCAGGUAGCACAAGGAAAACCCAUAUCUAUGGCUGAGUACCAGGGUUCCAGCUUCUGCCAAAGUGAAUAUCUGAUCUAUCAGGAAAGUCAGUGCCGCAUCCGCUACCUUGUCCAACUCAAGUUCUGAGAUGUAUUCUAAAGCUGCUGACCUGCUGGGAACCAUCCGCUGAGGAGACCCUUACCUUUCUCACACCAAAAGAGAGAGAAGCAAGCAACUGUGACAAUGUUCUGAGAGCCUUGGCAGUGUUUCCCUGCUCUCAGUAAUCCAAGAUCACAACUGUACUGUGGGGAGAGAGGGGGUGUAAGAGAGAAACCAGUGUCCAGCUGCUGAGUUCUGCGGAAAACUGCAUGACAUAGAUAACUUGCAUUUUGACAAUAAUUUAUUUUCUGUUUGCCAGCAAGGAGGAAAUUAUACUGGCCAGAAUUGUAGCUCUAAAAGUACCUUGGUAACACCCCCUUUCUUGAAUAUUUUGGCCCUGUCAAUCCUGUACAUAAAUUAAUGAAUGUUAAGCCAACCCAAUUUCUUUCUUUUUCCUCUUGUUUUCUCCACAGGAGCAUCUCUUGCAAUAUUAAAAUAUAGUCAUUAUA